GUAAAAUGAAACAGAUCGUCAAGCUAAUUCGAACUGAAAGCAGCCUCACAAUCAGUGAUCAGUGGCACAUGGGCAGCUAUGCUUUCACUGGUAGUUUUAAUUAUUUGCUUCUCCUUCUUGCAACCAAUGCAUGCGGCAUCGUCCACGAAGGCACCAAAGCUGCAAAAAUGUACAACAGGUGAUUGCUCCGUGCACGAUUCCAGACUCAGAACUUUCCUAAGUUCCGCAUUAACAGAGGAUUUCACGUCAGUUAUGGCCGAUUCUGCCCUUUCUGCGUUCAUUUCGAAAAAUGCUGAACUUGGAGACGUGUUUUACAAAUGCGGCCGCUUGUUCUACAGCAGUCACAAUCAAGUGCGUUUUGCUGACGCCAUUCUCACGUGUGCCAAACGGAAAAUGCAACUGGUGACGGUGGAAGAGGGUGAAAAAAAUUUGAAUUGUCUUGUACCCAACUUGGAACAUAUGACAUUAGAGCAGCAAAAGAACCAGAAAUACUUUUUCAUAUGGACGAGUGGAAUGGCCGAAGGGAAAAACUGCGGAAACGCGGCGUACUCGUGGUGCGCGGGCAGCAAGACCCGCAUCAACAACACAGCUUUCGACCUCCCCGCCGAAAUCUCUCGUAAGGAAAGGUGUCUUGCGCUCUCUAUGAUGACCAAGACACUCGUCCGCAUGGAAUGCGCCGAUCCUAACUACUUUUUCUGCGAAUACAAAUGUAAAGCGGUCUCUUGCUUUAAAUCGUGCGAAAUAAAAAAUGACACAAUGGACCCAAGUGGAAAGAUAAACCGAGGCAAGGUGAACGGUAUUUGGGCGGAGUGGCAAAGAGAUUUUGGGAUUAACAGGUUUUCUUUUACUUCAUACGUAUUUGGAUACCAAAAGGUAACCUGGACAGAGAACAUUAAGUUGUGUUGCAGCAUGGGAAUGAAGCCUAUUAGAGUCACAGAUGAGUUUCUUACCGCACUCAACAUUGCUGCCAUCAAAAUCUUUAUCUAUCCCGGUAAUUCAACCGAAGAUCGUGAGUUGGUGAAGACGAGUUUCUGGACGGCGGCCACUCGGCAAGGAUGCGCUGGCCAGUACCGCUUCUGUAUGCACGACGAUGUGGGCCCGUGGGAUUCGCAAGGCAAAUUCUGGGACAUGGUGAACCCGCGUGACGAUGGCUCGUGUUUGGUCGUCGACCGGCAGUACACGAAGGCCGGAACGCCGUUUGGCGUGCGGCAAAUGCAAUGUUCGUCGAAAAGUGCUAAUUUCGCCUGCCAGAGAGAAGGCAAAAAGGUGGAAGAAAUAGUUUCUGAUUUUGAAAUAAAGAAUGCCACCGACACUUGUGAUUUACCGUAUUGCACAGACCUAAACUACUGCAAAGUUAUGGUGGAAUAUGCUGCAAAAUACGAUAAUGGUAGCCGAAUGAUUCUAAAGGCUCAUCUCUUGGGUGACUGGGUGACAUCGUGUGGAGUUCGCUAUUUAAAAGCAAAGCAAGAGAUGCAUUGGAAAGCUGCCCUUGAUUUUUGCUGUUCUCUGGGAAUGCAUCUCGUGUCUGUUCAAUCCUAUGAGAAAUUACAGUGCAUGAAUAGCAUUUUGGAGCCUGGUUCAGUUUACUGGACUUCAGGUACCAAUAUGGGAUGCGAGAAUGAAAGAUACCGAUGGUGCUCAGCUGAAUUCAAAGACUUUUUAAAACCAAGUGUUAACCUCAACAACCGAACGGUCUACUCUUAUUAUGAAGGUACACCCCCUCAACCAGCCACAAAAUACUGUGUUAUUGCACGGAAUUCAGAGGCUGAAGGACCAACUCUAGGCAUUGAUGAUUGUAAUAUGUGGCAUCGACCCAUUUGCACGGUUCGCGUGAAGGCCGAAUCCCACCUCCAAGAGGUCUUCAAUGAAUGCAAAUUAACGCACAGAAUUUCUAACCGUGACAUCGAUAAGUUUAACACCACCGACCUGAUAUCUUUCUCAUACAAAAUGAAAUGUUGCAUGACGUGCUUGGCGGAAAUGCUAGGAUUGAUCUAUGAGAGUGGUAAAAUUUGGGAGGACGCAGUAGUGAAGGCUAUAGGAAGGGUGAAAGUGUCUACACUAGUUCAAGAUUUCAGUACCUUACUGAAAAAAUAUCCUACAAAGCUAUUUAAAAAAGCAUCCAACAACCUGGAUGCACUGAAAAUGCUGUUGAUGGAACAGCAAAAGGAAGAAGAUUGGAAGUCGGCACUCUUGGUUAAUGAGGCCCUCGACAGGUUUUGGGAAUGCAACCAGAUGCUGGACCAGUUCAACAAGAGUCAAGAUGAAUGCCUUUUUGUGUUCAAUUUCAUGAAAUGUUUUACCAAAAAGUCAGCUUCAUUGGAAAAAUUCUGGAAUAGAAACCUAGACAACAUUUUUGAUAGAAGAGAACUUGCUAUCACCACUAGUAAAUCGGAAAGCGACAUUGAACAAAUGAUUCGUGACCAAAUAUAUGAAUAUGGCAAAGUUCCCGUCAACUCGGAUAUUAAGAGCUAUGUAGAAUAUGUGGAUAAUCUCUCAUUUACUGAGGAAGUAGUUAGUUCACGGUGCAUCUAUCGAUAUUUGCGACCAAAAAGUUUGACUUUAAAAGAUGCUUGCUUGGAUAUAAUAGCAAAUUUUCUUCCAACUCUUGUAGAAGAUGUUAUUGUCAAUAAAGUCAUCGACAAAAAGGAUCGCUAUCCUCCGUUGGUUGCUGCUGGCAAGUGUGCGAGGGCGAAUGGAAGUCUCCCUACAGCUGAUCAGUAUAUAUCAGAUACUUUGAGAACCUUAAGUGCAUAUUUGCGAAAUGCAAGCAAAUACCUCAUAGAUGAAAAAGAAUCCAUGCUGAGGAAGCAAGUGCUUGGUUCAGUUCUUUUGGAUGAGUUUUACGCCAAUGAUCAAGGUAUUAAGUAUUGGUGUAGCAACUCAGAGGAGAACAACGGUUACUUCUAUGACAGCACCCCGUACUUCAAUUAUUAUUACGAAUGGCAGGAGGGUGUCCCUUAUUACGUUGGAUUUUCUUUGGACAGUGAAGCCAAUGCGGCGCCAAUAUUUUUCUGCAGAUUUGAUAAAUCUUUCUUGGCGCAAUGUAAGAAGAUUUAUUGAAAUGAAAUAACAAUCCAGAGUGUAACAGCACAAUUUGAUGUCAAUUUUCUUCUAAUGGGCUUUGAUACCACGCAGCAAAUGAGAUUGGUUAAUAAAAUGCUGUAUUAGUUUUGAAACGUAAUUGCAUCGCAAUUAAAUACAAUGCGCACCUUUGCAAGGGGUUUGAUGUUUUGGUUUGGCAAUGGAUAUGUCUGUUUUAAGAAGUGUAUUGAAUGUA